CUGCAUUGCUGAGUCCUGACACUGCCCGGGAUGGAGCGCUUGGCAGGACCAUGGGCACUCUUAUUACUUGGAUGUCUCGCUGCAUUGGAAUGUGUCACCCCUCAGAAUGUGUGUACUGGGACAGUGAAUGGCCUCAGUGUUACGGGUGAGGCUGAAUACCAACAUCUGACCUUGAAUAACAUGUACAACAACUGUCACAUCGUGAUGGGUAACCUGGAGAUUGUGCUCGUUGAGAACAAUAAAGAUCUGUCAUUCUUACAGUCUAUACGUGAAGUGUCGGGGUAUGUUUUGAUCGCUUUGAACAUUUUUACAUAUCUGCCGCUAGACAACCUCCGUGUGAUUCGAGGACAAAGUCUGUAUGAGGACAAAUAUUCUCUUUAUAUGACCCUUAAUAACCAGGUUAAUGGCACACGGGGCCUUCAGAUGCUUGGCUUCCAUCAGCUUACAGAAAUUCUGGCUGGAGGCAUCCAUAUAACCAAUAAUGAACAGCUGUGCUACACUAAUACCAUUGACUGGAAAGAUAUCAUUCGGGAUCCAAAAGCUCAGGUUGAAAUUGAAGAUAAUGCUGUGAUCUGUAAGCCUUGCAACUCUACCUGUGAUGGAAGGUGUUGGGGUGCAGAAGAGGGAGAUUGCCAGAAAUUAACAAAGAACAUUUGUGCAGGGCAGUGCAAUGGUCGUUGCUAUGGACAGGCCCCCUCGGAAUGCUGCCAUGAUGAGUGUGCAGGGGGCUGCACUGGAUCCUUAAACACUCAGUGCUUUUCUUGUCGGAACUUUAAUGAUAAUGGGACAUGUGUACCAAGAUGUUCUCAGCUGCUUUACAACCCUGUGACUGGUCAGAUGGAACACAGCCCUGAUGCUAAAUUCCAGUAUGGAGGAUCAUGUGUCAAGAACUGCCCCCAUAACUUUGUGGUGGAUCAGAAUUCGUGUGUCCGUGCUUGUCCCAGCAACAAGAUGGAAGUGACAAAGAAUGGGGUAAAGAUGUGUGAACCGUGUUCAGGCCUAUGCCCUAAAGCCUGUGAGGGAACAGGACCUGGUAGUAAAUAUCAAACAGUGGACUCUAGUAACAUUGAUAAGUUUGUUAACUGCACCAAAAUUCUUGGUAACCUGGACUUUCUUACCAUUGGUCUUUAUGGGGAUGAGUGGAUGAAUAUCUCAGCUUUGGAUCCCAACAAACUAAAUGUCUUCAGAACAGUGCAAGAGAUUACAGGAUACUUAAAUAUCCAGUCCUGGCCAAAGCACAUGAAUGACUUCAGUGUCUUCUCCAGUCUCACAACCAUAGGAGGUCGAACGCUUUACAACCGAGGAGUCUCCCUCCUUAUUAUGAAAAACAGUAAUGUGACUUUCCUGGGCUUCCGCUCACUGCGAGAUAUUAGCGCCGGGAAGGUUUACAUUACAGAGAAUGAGAACCUUUGCUAUUAUAACACCAUUGAAUGGGCACAAAUAUUUUCAAACAAACAGCCAAACUUUGAUAUAAAGAAUAACAAAGCUCAAACUACCUGUAUUGAGGAGAACAGAGUAUGUGAUCUGCUUUGUUCUGAUGCUGGAUGCUGGGGUCCCGGGCCCAGCCAGUGCCUGUUAUGCAAGAACUUUAGUCGAGAUAGCAUAUGUGUACCUUUCUGCAACCUUCUGCAAGGAGAUAAGAGGGAGUUUGCCAAAGAUGGUGUUUGCCUCCAGUGUCAUGAAGAGUGUCAGAAAAUGGAAGGAAGUCUAACCUGUAAUGGAACAGGUGCAGACUCUUGCAUUCAGUGUGCACACUUCCGUGAUGGGUUGCAUUGUGUCUCUGACUGUCCUCAUGGAGUGUUGGGAGAAAAAGGACGAGUAUAUAAGUACCCUAGUGCAAAUAAGAUCUGUUUGCCUUGCCAUGAGAACUGUACAGCAGGGUGUGUAGGACCUGGGAUAAACAACUGCAUCAACAUAGCUUUCCCCAAGAUUUCAGAUAAAGCACAUGCAGUGGUGGCAGUUUCAAUUGUAGCGUCCGUCUGUGUUCUCUUUUGUUGCAUCCUGCUGACUCUUCUGUACUGGAGGGGGCUGAAAAUCCGCAAGAAGCGAGCUAUGAGGCGUUACUUGGAGAGGGCAGAGUGCCCUGAAAUGAUGGACCCCUCAGAAAAGUCCAAUACAGUUCAAGCUCGUAUAUUCAAAUGCACUGAGCUGAAGAAACUGAAGAUCCUGGGCUCUGGGGUGUUUGGCACUGUACACAAGGGUGUUUGGAUUCCAGAAGGAGACUCUGUUAAGAUUCCAGUCAGCAUCAAAGUUAUACAAGACCGGAAUGGAGCCCAGACAUUCCACGCUGUUACAGAUCAUAUGUUGGCGAUGGGAAGCCUGGAUCAUCCCUGUAUUGUCCGAUUAUUGGGUAUCUGUCCAGGAACACAGCUGCAGUUGGUUACUCAGCUUCUCCCUAUGGGCUCAUUACUGCAGUACAUUCGCCAGAAUAAGAACACCGGUGCUAUUGGUCCUCAAAUGCUGCUUAAUUGGUGUGUGCAGAUUGCUAAGGGCAUGUAUUAUCUGGAGGAACAUCGCAUGGUUCACAGAAACCUCUCAGCUCGCAACAUCCUCAUGAAAACAACCAAUCACGUGCAAGUCUCAGAUUUUGGUGUGGCAGAUCUGUUGUACCCAGAUGACAAGAAAUAUUGCUACAAUGAAAUCAAGACACCCAUUAAAUGGAUGGCUUUGGAAAGCAUACACUUUGGCAAAUACACUCAUCAAAGUGACGUGUGGAGUUACGGUGUAACAUUGUGGGAAAUGAUGACAUUUGGAGAUGAGCCAUAUCCAGGUAUUCGUUUGUCUGAAGUGCCAGAUCUCCUAGAAAAAGGCGAGAGGCUUCCCCAGCCAGUUAUCUGUACCAUUGAUGUCUACAUGGUCAUGGUGAAAUGUUGGAUGAUUGAUGAAAAUGUUCGGCCAACAUUCAAAGAACUGGGUAAUGAAUUCACUCGUAUGGCCCGAGAUCCACCUCGGUACCUGGUCAUAAAGCGGGACAGUGAAGUUCCACAGUCUCCUGUCUUCGCAGAACAGCCAGCACUGACUGAGAAAGAAGUGGAGGAGGUGGAUACCGAUUUAGACACAGAGGAAGAUGAAGAUAUAAAUUCACAUCCUAAAACUCCCAGCACUGUCUAUACAUCACGGCAGAGAAUAGACUAUUCAAGGAGUCAAAGUGUGCAAAGUUCUCUUGCUGGGUAUCUUCCAAUGAACCAGACCACUGGCAGCGUUACUAAAAAGGGCUCUGUGCAACGAGCUGACCCAGUUCCCAGACGGGGAAUGCGAAGAAGGGAGGACUCCUUGGGCCGUACAGUAUCAGAGUCAUCAGAGGGCUUUUGUACCUUAUCUGAUAUGGACACGGCAGAAUACAUGUCAUAUGGUGGUGGAAGUUCCCGCUCUCGCCUGGACAGCGCCUAUCGUUCUCAAAGGGAAAGCCUUCUUCCUGGUACACCAGAUACAGAUAGCGAGUACAUUAUGCCACAGCUCAGCCAAGGAGACAUUUCCCGGGACAGUACACUGAAAUCUCUGGAAUCCAGGUCUCUGACGCCAUGCAUGCCCAGUGAAGAUGAUGAUGAUGAUGAUGAAUAUGAAUAUAUGAACAGAAAAAGGCAGCCAUCUGAGAGGUUGGAGUAUGAAUACAUGGACAUACGAGGAGCAGGAGAUGCAAGCAGUGAAUGCAAAACAUCUACAGGAGAGGACAAUAAAGAUGAUGAUUACAACUAUGGGAACAAGGAGGAAUAUGAAUAUAUGAAUGAACAGAGAAGAAGCAAUAGCCAGGACCUGAUCAGUGAAGAUGCAGAGGAGUAUACUUACAUGAAUCGAAAUAGCCGGAUAAGAAUGAACAGCACCACAGAUGAAAAACAGGGCUAUGAGGACAUGAACUUAAUUGCCAGCCACCCCAAGUCCUUGGACAAACCUACAGUGAUCCCACAAACAUGCCACAGAGAGGCACUGCAUAAAGGGUACAUUCAACCCCUUCGUGAACUUGAAGUGAAAGACUGUGCAUUCGAUAAUCCAGACUAUUGGCACAGCCGCCUGUUUGUCAAGAGUGACUUGCAAAGAACAUAAGAAAAGGAGACAGUAAAUCUCCAAGACAAACUCACACCUACUUCACUGUAUGUUUGCUACUCAAAAUGGACAAUUUCUUCUGUUACCUCUCCAUCCUUGAUGUCAGCAGCUGGAUGCAGCAUGCUUUUAGCAGUCUUCAGCUGAGGGGAAACUGAAUGAGGCACACAGUGCCUUAACAUUACCGGGUUAAUUGUAGGUGAAGAUCAGGCCUUUUACUGGGAAAGGCAGAAUAUGCAGACCAUUUAGGACAUUCAGAACCAUCACUUUCUAGGACUACUUGUUAAGGGAUUGCAUUGGUGCAAGGUUAUAUCCAAUAGGUAAAAGACUGUUAAAAAGGCUAUAAAGGAUUUUAAGAAGAGAAGAAUUUCAUUG